UUGUUUGACCAGAAAAAAAUGAAGCGAGGCCGUAUUCUUGUUAAUAUUAUAAAACAAAGAUAUCAAGAGAACCUAUUAACAAUGAAUGAACAAGAGUCGGCAAAGUUUAUAAAUGAAGAAGCUCAAAAUAAUAAAGAAAAUGGGUCAAUUAACACUGCCUUGCUAACAAAACCAUGUAUUAACAAACAAAAUGAAAAAAAUCUUGACAUACAAAGUGAUAAGGGUCUAAUAGAUGACUCUAAUACUGCAGAUUGUGUUUGA